GGCACAGACAAUCAUGAAGGCGCGUUUGAAAGGAGCCCAGACUGGUCGCAACCUCCUGAAGAAAAAAUCGGACGCUUUGACUCUUCGAUUUCGGCAGAUCCUGAAGAAGAUUAUCGAGACCAAGAUGCUCAUGGGCGAAGUAAUGCGAGAAGCUGCCUUCUCACUUGCUGAGGCCAAGUUCACAGCCGGGGACUUCAGUACCACGGUCAUUCAGAAUGUGAACAGAGCCCAAGUGAAGAUCAGAGCAAAGAAAGAUAACGUGGCUGGCGUCACCCUGCCGGUGUUCGAACACUACCAGGAAGGAGGGGAUAGUUACGAGCUGACCGGUUUGGCCCGAGGCGGGGAGCAGCUGGCUAAAUUGAAGAGGAACUACGCCAAAGCCGUGGAGCUGCUGGUCGAACUGGCCUCGCUGCAGACUUCAUUUGUGACGCUGGAUGAAGCCAUUAAAAUCACCAACAGGCGAGUGAAUGCCAUCGAACACGUGAUCAUCCCCCGGAUCGAGCGCACCCUGGCCUACAUCAUCACCGAACUGGACGAGAGGGAGCGCGAGGAAUUCUACAGGUUAAAGAAAAUCCAGGAGAAGAAGAAGAUCCUCAAAGAGAAGACGGAGAAGGAGCUGGAGUUGCGGAAAGCAGCGGGAGAGGUGUUGGAGGCUGCCAAUCUCCUGGCCGAAGAGAGGGACGAGGAUCUCCUGUUCGAAUAGCCCGGGCCGGGGGUUCCGUAACACGUGGGGUGUCCGUCCGCCCUUCGUCUGUAACGUGGCUUUGUGUCAUCUCAGCCUGAGGACUCCAUCGGUCACGUUUCUUCCCUGGAGUUGAGUCUGUGAUUCGGGUUUGGUCCACGGUCCCCUAUUCCACGGGAUGUGCCCAGCCCACAGUCCCGUCUAGUUGCCGUAUAUCCAUCGUACUCCCUCUUUCGUUCACGCCAAGAUGGGCGCCAGCCUCCAAACGCAUCGGCGAAGGAAUCCUCCGACCCUGUAGCUUAGCUCCUCGCGUACCAGCCCUCCCACCUGCGGAGUCGGGAAGCGGGUGGAGGAGCCCCCUGCCCACUUCUGGCAUCGGAGCGCUCCAGUCCCCAGGCUUCUGUGAAUUGAAUAGCGCUCCGGUUUUCUUGCAUGUCCAUGCUCAGUCUUGGGAAGGAAGGUCUUCCUGGCCACGGGAGCCAUCCGGCUAGUUCCCCCAGUGUAAACAGAGUAAACGAAUGUUUCCCUGA